CGUGACCCGGUUCGUCAUGGCGGCCAGAAAGCCUCGCUCGGUGGCCAACCCUUUGGAGUCCGCUAUCACGUCACCGAGUGAGAAGAUACUGAAAGAAUGCCACAAUUUGUACGUCGACAGCGAAAAUGGUCUGGUCAAGAUUGCCAGCAGCCUAGGCGUUCGUCUCUUGCCCCCCAGAAAAAAGAUCACUGUGAUGAUCAUGGGAAACCACUCUGCUGGAAAGAGCUCCUUCAUCAACUGGUAUGUAGAAGAGCACAUCCAAAAAACUGGCGUUGCCAUCGAAACACAGGGCUUUACAUUCAUCACAAGUGGGCGCAAAAGAGAAUCAUUGACGGGGAAUGCCACGUUACAUCUCUACCCCCAUUUUCGACCACUCCUUGAGUUUAAAGGUGUUAUGGACUACUUGUCCGCGGAGAUUUCUACUUCCAAGCAGAAAAAGUUUAGCCUUGUGACCUUUGUGGACACACCCGGCUUGGUGGAUGGGGACAUGAUUUACCCUUUUAAUGUAAACAACGCCAUCACGUGGUUGGGCGAACAGUCCGAUCUGAUAUUUGUAUUUUUUGACCCGAUGGGUCAGGCCCUUUGCAAGCGCACGCUGAACAUUGUGGAGAAACUGAGCGAGAAAUGCGGAGAUAAGCUAUUGUUCUACCUCAGCAAAGCUGACGAAGCCGGCAAAGAAACAGAUCGACAGAGAGUGAUGAUGCAGAUCGUCCAGGAGUUGUGCCGCCGUCCUGGUCUCAACAAAUGUGGUUUUGAGAUGCCAACAAUAUAUAUUCCAAACCCACAGAAGCCAAGCCGCUGCGUGAACCAGAUUGAUGGCGUGUGUCAAACCAUCGAAAAGACCAUCAACCAAGCUGUGCAAAGGACUUUGGACCAGUUGGAAAAAGACUGUGAUUUAAUUUGCUCCACCAUCAGCAAUAGGUUACAACAGGACAGAACUGAUGCCACUUACAACAAAAGUGUGCGCCUCAACUCAUUUGUAUGCGGUGCAUUGGGAGUCGUCCUUCCUCUACUCUUCAUCCUUAGUUUUAUCCUAAGCACCUUCUCCAAAGAACAGUUGAGUGAGCUGAUGGGAGAAGGCGCGGCACAAACCCUUUCUGUUUGCACUGGAAUAGUAAUGUACUUAUGGGAUUGGAUACCAGAAGAUGGACAAGUUGUCUUCAUAAUGCUUUUUGGAGCCUUUUGCUACCUCCUUCUUUUUCUAGCGAAAUAUUUUUCUGGUCAUAGAUACAAGACUUUAACAAAAAAAGAGAAGAGGACGAUGACGGAAUACAGUGAUUAUAUCUUGGAUAUUGUCAAAACCAAGAAGGGUAAAUUGUAUGAAUGGUACCUCCAGCAAUGUGCUGCAGAAUACGACCUUUGACCCUUGGUAAGAUGGAUGGAGUUCACACAUGUACGUAUAUCAGCACAGUGCCAAAAGGUCAGAGGUUUGGACAAAAGAUGCUCUGUAGUCUAUUAUGCAACACUGUGAAGUUUUUAAAUAUGCGGACAAUCAUUUAGAAAAUUGUGCGGCUCAGAGUCCUGUGGUGUUUUAUAUACAGUGGUACCUCCACAUACGAAUUUAAUUUGUUACAGGAUCUGGUUUGUAAGUCGAAAUGGUCGCAUGUGCAACGGGAUUUUCUCAUAAGUAUACAUAAUUUCAUUAAUUUGUUCCACAGCCCAAAAACCUACGCUCAAUAUUCAAUAAAUACUGCAGGUACAAUGACUAAUAGCAAUUAUAAAUACAAAUCAGAAUAAUAAUAAUAAAUGGAAAUUUAAACACAUGCACACCACGCUUAUAUUUUUCUAUCAUCUCCUUCUUAAUUUCAAUGGUAAGCGUCACCUUUUUCCUUUUUUCACCGACUCCACUAACCUUCUUGGGACCCAUAUUGAUUUCUCUCACAAGAAAAUCCGCUGUGCGUCCAUCUCGCGGGAAAACAGUGAACUUGCAACGCUGUCGUACAGGUAGUCCCCGGGUUACGACGUAAUCGACUUGCGUUAUUUCGACUUUACGACGCCGGAGUCUCGUCCGCCAUUUUGUCUCCAGUCGUUUUUUUUUUAGUCUUGGAAACAGUACCUAAUUGCAGUGUUUUGUGCGGCGAAACGUCCUACACAGUGCUCAGCGCGCUUGCGCAAACAUUCGCACACAUGCGCACAUCGGUUAAAGGCGGCGAGUACUCACUAUUUUUGUUUUUAUUUAUUUUUUUUAUUACCUUUUCAUUCCCUCAAAAAUACUUUUUGCAUGUAUUACUCUUACAUACUUUAAACCUUUUUUUUUUUUUUUUUUUUUCUUUUCUUUUUUUUUUUUGUGGUAGCUUUAAAGAAGUUGACCACAUUAUUCACAUGGCGUAUUUAAACCGUCCUUAUUUGAUAUAACUACUUUUAAGUAUUUUCUUAAAUCAUUUUUUUAGUACGUCCUGCCUGUAUGCAUCUAAACAAAACAAGUUUGGAAGCGCACGGCAGUACUUUGUGUGUCAAAUUCGCCUCUUACUGGACGUUACGCCGAUGUAGCACAUUUUGGCAGAACGCUGAAACAUAUUUCCUUCUCACCCUUUUAACCCCGGACCCAUUUUCAUGCCUGGAUCAAUAUGUAAAUUUAGUAGAUUAGAUUAGCCUAAUUUGCCUAACAAAAGUCCGCUAUCUUAAAUGCUGCAAAUGCUAACGUAUUUACAAUCCUCAGAGCAAAUCGCUCACACAUAACUCCACAAAAUGUAGCUCUAAACUUAUUUACAAAUGCAUACCAAACAUAUAUUAGCGUAAACAACUUACUAGCCUGUCGCGAUAACAAAUUUUAGUAGGCAGUAUAUUGUCUCAUAAAUUAUUGCCAAUUUUUAAAACCAAUUCAACCACUAAUAUAGUGACAAUACAUCUAAUCAAUCACCUAUUCAAAUGCAGUAUUUUGUUAUUCUUAAAUAAAACACAAACUAUAUUAAAAAUGAUAACUAUUUAAAUAACUAUUUAAAAAACAUACACAAUGUUUAACGAGUCAUUUGAAAGCUAGCUAAGUGUAGAAUAUGAAAUAGGUGAGAAACCCAAUGUCAUUUUUGUUCUCUGCCCAUUAGUGCCCAUCAAAAGUGUUAGCUUGAUCCAAAAUGGUUUUCAUCUUGUCCUGCAAAGUGCACGUGAGCAAAUUUGAAGCCAAAUUGCCGAAUUAAUUGGCAAUACGAAUUUUCAUAAUGGGUGUCAUUUUAAAGCUAUUCUAGUGUACAAUCUGAAAUAUGUGAGAUUAACUCCAAAAAUGUACAUUCGACAUGUUGAACAUGAUGUGAUAUAUUUUGAAAUGUUCGCUGAGCUGCUAACCGUAAGCUUUACACUCAGAGGGAAAAAAGUGCACUUUUCAUAAUGCAACUGGUGUCAAUAAUAGAUUUUUUUUUGGCAUUGUUUGCAAAUGCUUUUCAUAUUUGAAGAGUCACCUUUAACCGGAAUUUUGCGUUUUGGAGAAAACUGCCAAUGUUUAUAGCGGGCCAAGGUGGAUAGUACAUUGUCUUUUUUUUACAUUAGCUUCAAUGUAGCAAUGCUAACGUUUUACAAUGUUUGAUAUAGAUGUGUUUCCUUCUUUUGUAUGUCUGAACUUUAAAUUCUACGGCGUCUUGAUGAUAAAUAAACAUCUGUGAAAGGAACUGGAGUCUAAUGCAACCAACACACAUGUAUGCCGAGUGCAUGCAGCACACGCAAACACACGUGGCUAUAAAUCGCAGCUGGGAAAAUGACCGCCCUCAUUUUUAUUUACCGUGCACUAAAUUGAUUUAUAGCGUAUCGCGACAGGCUUCCAAUUUACAGCCUUGUGUGGGUCAAACCAGAGCGCAGCUGUCCUUUAUCCUAUCAAAUGAGUCUGCACCUCAGUCAUACAAGGUGACAUUCCACCCAGACCCAAUGCUGCCACCAGGGAGCAGUGUAUCGUCCAUCAUUAAACCAUAUACAAUACUUUUCGACUUUUUGGAUAAUUAUUUUAAGAUUUAGGGGUACUUAACGAGUUAAUUCCGAUUUACAAAAUUCGGGUCACGUUGCCAGCGUAGGAGUUUGUCCGUAACCCGGGGACUUACCUGUGUUAUGAGCAUGUCGUCAUAUAUCGAGACAAAUGACGAGUCAAAUUUUACAUCGGAUGUCGAUGCGAUCGUACGUCAAGGUACCACUGUAUUAGAAAGUGCCUUUGUUAUUUAAUAUAGGCAAGAGAUUGUUUGUAGCCAUUUCAUAAAAUGAAAAAAAAAUGUGAAUACAUUAGUUUUGCAGUGUAUAGAUGAUAAAUGUUGCUGGUUUACAAAUGUGUUUGUACUAGGUUUAUUGAAAGCUUUAUUUUGCUUUACUGGAAGCAAAUAUGUGUUUUUAAACCUCACUAUACUGUCCCUCAUAUGUUUUCUUUGGGCAUUAUUGUUUUUAUACCAAUAGCACUCCUGCCGUUUUUAGCUCUGACCAUAUACUAUACAAUGUAUAUGUGACAACAAUUUUUACAUGAUCUAAUAAGCUCAAAUUCAAGAGCGGUAUUUUUGUAUUCUCUUAUGUACAGACAGUACUAGACAUGUACUAUGUGAAUGUGUUUAUGGUGCAGGUCUGUAUUUGGAUUGGGGUUAGGUUUAGCUUAGUUAGGGUCGUUAAUUUUCUUCAUAUUACAUUACAUAUUUUUAGACAUUUUCAAACUGAAAAGAAUUUCAAGUCAUGACUGCACUAAAAAUGGUAGAGCAAUAAAGUGUUAAUCAAUAGUUUACAACUGCUAUCUUGUCUUAAAUAUUCUUGUAAAUGUUGUUAUAUGCCACAAAUAACUUCUAAGUUAUGUACUGUGGUGUCAAUUUUUCAAUAUUUCAACAGCAUUACAUAAAAGGUUAAGAUCCUACGAAGCCCCUAAAGACACAUCGGCAGAAAUAAAAUAAACUAUCUGGUAAACGUUAGCAUUAUAUAGUAUUUAAGCUAGCGGACUUUUUCUAUGCAAGUUAGCCAAUUAAGCCUUUGUAAGAUCCUCAUUUAUUAUACAGUGUCUUGCAAAAGUAUUCGGCCCCCUUGAACCUUGCAAACUUUCGCCACAUUUCAGG